AUGCUGAUUGACACUGCCUGUAAAAGUUUGCAAGACAGUUUAGUGCAAACUGGUGCCGGACAGUUGCGUUCUGAAAUUUCUCUCAAUAAAUCACCGCUUGUCAUUUACCCUUCUCACUUCAGAACACGCUCAAAAAAUGACUAUCCCGACAUAAUUGAGGAACAUGUUGAAUCCACCCUCCAUCAGGAUAACAUGACGGCUUUUAUCACGCUAUUUCUCUUCGAAUUUUGGCUUCUCUGUGCCAGUCUCCCACUUUCAGUCGAUCCUGGCUCAGGAAACGGAGAAAAUAUUGUAUAUUCAAGGGUUGGAUCGACUGUCUCAUUACCCUGUUCAAACGACUCUUUACCAAACGACGCGGAGUCUGUCUGGUCUGGACCAGCUUUAAAUGAAACUCAAGUGUUGAAUACCGAGGUUACCACAAAGGAUUAUAUUCUGACAAAAAAUCUUAUUACCUUCGCCAACAUCUCUCAAGACGUCUCUGGCGUGUAUAACUGCACGGUGUAUUUCGCCAACGGUACUAUCACCUUCCAAAGGGAAAUCAAAGUCUUAGACUGGCCUCUUCUGCCUCAAUCCAUCGUUCUCGAAAAAGUGAAUGAGACAGCAAUACGAAUUUCACGAUUAGGUGAGGAAUAUGCGGCUUCAACUCAGGUCCAUGAAAUUAGUAUUUUGAAGGGCGGCCAGCCUGUACAAUCGCGGAAUGUUUCUGCAUCCUCAAAUGAAACACUGUUUGGUGGCCUCAGUCCGUUCACUAACUACACUGUCCUACUUAGCACUCGUGACAUUCUCGGUCCUGGUAAAGGGUCUCAGGAGUACAACAUCUGCACUGAUCCUGGGCGACCAACAACCAGACCUGAAGUAUCCCUCAUCAAUGUGACAAACACAACUGCAACCUUACACCUCGUUGCUCCCAAUCUCACUCAGGCUGUUAGUGGAGAUUUCUGUCUCGAAGCUUACCUCUCUGCCGAAGGUGUGUUCGGACCGUUUCAUGGAUUUAGGAUCCGCUAUCAAGGCAAACAGAAAGAACAUGAAGUCUUUCCUACCAACUCCGACCGUCCACUUCGACAUAAUGAGACCUACCUUUUGACGGACCUCUCGCCAUUUACCGAAUACUGGGUGACAGCAGCCAUCUCCAACGGACGCUUCUUUGGACCGUCUAGCAACCUCACUUUUCGAACCCUGGAAGGUGUACCUGGCCCUCCUCCAAAGAUAUGGAUUGAGAGAAAAACGGCAACUUCCCUCACUGCCGAAUGGCAUUCUCCGGGCAAUCUCCAGGGUCCCAUAAUCGGCUACAAGUUCAAGGUACUGCCCUCUCCUCCUCUUCCUGCUUAUCUCGUAUUCUCCUCUUCUAAUCUAGUUGGAGUCUUGGCAGAUGGCGCUGACAAUGAUGAUGAUGAUGAUGAUGGUGGUGGUGGUGGUGAUACCGAUGCGGCUUCUUAUGCCCUGUCCGCAUGCGACGAUUCUACGCCAAUCCUUAUGUCGACCUCGAACGUCACCCACUUUGUUGCCAGGGAUUUGAACCAUUCCACCUGCUACUGGAUUCAGGUCGCCGCGGAGACUGUUGCUGGCACCAGCAACUUCAGUAGUUAUAUCAUAGCCUACACUCACUGCCUGCCCCUGUCCAUUCCACAGCUCAGCAACAUCACUCUCGUGCCUGAUGGUCUGCAGCUUGCAUGGUUGCAGGAGACACCGGAGGCACUAUCAGCAGAUCGCCUGCGCUUUGCCGUCUGUAUACAAUCCUCCGCUCUGGACAACCCUAAUUGCCACCUGGUUCAGUCGAAACCCCUCUCGGAGGCAAAUCGGUACCUGGGCGUUCUUCCGCGGCACAUCAUAAAUAACUACAACGCCGAGGAGAUCCUCUUCUCCGUCCAGUCCGCUUGUCGUCCGCCAAAUUGCCUGGAUGGAUUAAACUGUGCCACGAAGAGCAACCUUUCCAAUGCAUUUAAAAUUAACUUACAAGCUCUGCUACAAUCACCUCCCAAGAGCUCUCGUAUGGAAUUGGAUGACAAUGCCAUUGGGGGAAUAAUAGGUGCUGUCUUUGUUCUUCUCAUGAUAUGCUGUGUUGGACCGUUUUCCUUCCUGUACUGGCGAUCGUCAUGCAACUACAAGGGUUACGAGGUUGCGCGUCUGAACGGCGAUGCGGGCGAUCAGCGGACACCUCUGGUGUUGACAAUGAUGCGCUUUGAAGAUUCACCACACGAGCCUAUUCCGGCCGCGGACUUGCCUCAACGCGUUGCCCUCUAUCACGCGGAUGAAGAUGCAGGCUAUCAGGCGGAGUUUGAGGUUUGUAAUCUACAACGCUCUUAUCCUGAUAAAAAUUGCGUUGCUGGUGUCCAUUUUAGUAUCGGAAAUCUGCUUUUUACAUCCUGCAUUUUUUCAACAAUGAGUCUAUUCUCACAGAUUCCUACCUGA